GACAUGAAUGAAUGCUUAACUCUAGAGAAUACGAAGGAGCGAAUCUGAAGGAUCUUCGAAUUGUGUAUUCUUCAUCAGAUCGAAAGGUUUCAAUAGAGACUGAGGAAGGAGAGAUUGCGAAGCAUGGGCUGUUCGUUCUCGGGAUUGAACGCGCUUUACGACGCCGUCAACGGCGGAGGCGACGUGUGGAUCAAUGAGAAUCGGUUCAGAGUCGUGAGGCAGCUCGGCGAAGGCGGUUUCGCGUUCGUCUAUCUGGUUAAGGAGAUCGUCGCCGACGCUUCCGGUGGCGGUCUGGCGAAGAAAGUCAAGGAUCCGUCUCAUAUCUCCGCUGAUGGAACUUAUGCUGUGAAGAAAGUUCUGAUUCAGAACAAGGAGCAACUUGAAUUGGUGCGGGAGGAGAUUCGUGUUUCGUCCUUGUUCAACCACCCUAACUUGCUUCCUCUCCUUGAUCACGCUAUUAUCUCUGUUAAGGACGGCCAAGGGGGAGCUCGGAAACACGAGGCCUUCUUGCUAUUCCCUGUUCACCUUGAUGGGACCUUGCUGGAUAACUCCACAUCGAUGAAGGCUAAAAAGGAAUCAUUCUCAACAGCUGAUGUUUUGCAUAUAUUUCGCCAGCUUUGUGAUGGGCUCAAACACAUGCACUCUCUGGAGCCACCAUAUGCUCACAACGAUGUCAAGCCUGGAAACGUGCUUUUAACACGUAGAAAAGGACAGCCUCCUCUUGCGAUUUUGAUGGACUUUGGGAGUGCUCGUCCAUCACGUAAGCAAAUCCGCUCCCGUCAAGAGGCCUUACAGUUACAGGAAUGGACAUCUGAACAUUGUUCAGCACCGUUCCGAGCUCCAGAGCUCUGGGAUUGCCCAAGCCAUGCAGAUAUCGAUGAGAGAACAGAUAUUUGGUCUCUAGGCUGCACGUUAUACGCAAUAAUGUAUGGAAUGUCUCCAUUUGAAUAUGCACUUGGAGAAUCUGGUGGAAGUCUUCAGCUAGCAAUCAUGAACGCUCAGAUAAAAUGGCCAAACACAGGACCAAAGGCUUCGUAUCCUGAAGCUCUUCACCAGUUCGUGACUUGGAUGCUGCAACCGCAGGCUGCGGUUCGACCGCGCAUUGGCGAUAUCAUCAUCCACGUCGACAAAUUGAUCGAGAAAUUCACCAAAUGAAUACACACAUAAACGCAUUGUCUCUCUCUUUUAUUUACAUGUUUAGGUAUUUGAUACAUUCUUAAUGUAAUUUGAAACUGUUAGCA